GCCCACAGCAGGAAGGCAGUAUCCGUUCUCCCCUGUCCCCUGCUAUGGGCAGGGCCUGGCUGGGGUAUAAAUAGGUCAGACCUCUGGGCCGUCCCCAUUCUUCCCCUCUCUACAACCCUCUCUCCUCAGCGCUUCUUCUUUCUUGGUUUGAUCCUGACUGCUGUCAUGGCGUGCCCUCUGGAGAAGGCCCUGGAUGUGAUGGUGUCCACCUUCCACAAGUACUCGGGCAAAGAGGGUGACAAGUUCAAGCUCAACAAGUCAGAGCUAAAGGAGCUGCUGACCCGGGAGCUGCCCAGCUUCUUGGGGAAAAGGACAGAUGAAGCUGCUUUCCAGAAGCUGAUGAGCAACUUGGACAGCAACAGGGACAACGAGGUGGACUUCCAAGAGUACUGUGUCUUCCUGUCCUGCAUCGCCAUGAUGUGUAACGAAUUCUUUGAAGGCUUCCCAGAUAAGCAGCCCAGGAAGAAAUGAAAGCUCCUCUGAUGUGGUUGGGGGGUCUGCCAGCUGGGGUCUUCCCUGUCGCCAGUGGGCACAUUUUUUUUUCCACCCUGGCUCCUUCAGACACGCGCUUGAUGCUGAGCAAGUUCAAUAAAGAUUCUUGGAAGUUUU